CACCGCCAGCGGGGUGAACGGCGCGCAUGCGCGUGGAGUGGGGGAGGAAAGGAGAGUGGCAGCGCGCAGUAAGUCAGUCAGCAUGGACCCACAGAAACUUCGGGACCUCAGCGCCUUUGUGCAGCUUUGCAAAGGGAACCCGGCCAUUCUGCACAUGCCCGAGCUGCGCUUCUUCAGAGACUGGCUGGAAAGUAUGGGAGCAACCAUCCCACCGCCAGCAGAACACCCAAAAUUUCCAGAGUCACCGAAGAAAGCAAACACAGAGGAGAAGGCAGCGGCUCCACCUCCAGAGCCAGCUUCUGAGAGUGAAGAGAGUGAAUUGGAAAUCGAUAAUGAGGGCGUGAUUGAGCCAGACACUGAAGAACCUCAAGAAAUGGGAGAUGAAAGCAUUGAGGUCUCGGAGGAAUUGAUGGAUCAGGCCAAUGAAAAGAAAAUGGAAGCCAUGAAUGCAUUAAGCGAAGGGAACUUUGAAAAGGCAGUUGAACACUUUACAGAGGCCAUUAAGUUGAACCCACGUCUGGCUGUUCUCUAUGCUAAGCGAGCCAGCAUCUAUGUGAAAAUGCAGAAACCCAAUGCAGCCAUUCGGGAUUGUGACAAAGCCAUCAGCAUCAACCCUGACUCCGCACAGCCUUACAAGUGGAGGGGGAAAGCACACAGGUUGCUAGGUCACUGGGAGGCAGCAGCACUGGACUUGGCCACAGCCUGUAAACUGGAUUAUGAUGAUGACGCCAGCUCCACGUUAAAGGAGGUGCAACCUAGGGCUCAAAAGAUUAUAGAACACAGAAGAAAAUAUGAAAGGAAGCGUGAAGAGAAGGCUAUUCGGGAGCGAAUAGAACGUGCAAAAAAAGCAAAAGAGGAACAUGAGAAAGCACGUAAGGAGGAAGAGGCUCGCCGUCCAGGGGCAGCUGGAUUCGGUGGCUUCCCAGGUGGUGCUGGUGGUUUUCCAGGAGGAAUGCCUGGGAUGGCAGGAAUGCCUGGUCUAAAUGAUCUACUUGGUGACCCAGAGGUGCUUGCAGCUAUGCAGGAUCCUGAAAUAAUGGCAGCAUUUCAAGACGUGGCCCAGAACCCAGCUAACAUCUCAAAAUACCAGAACAACCCGAAGGUGAUGAACUUUGUGGGAAAACUGUCAUCUAAAUUUGGAGCCAAGCCUUAAAGAGGCAGAUCACUGAAUGUUCCAAAUAAAAUCCUAAUUAAACUUCCUCUCCACCCCCCAUGCACUAUCCUGUAUCUAUACCUCCCAAUGUGCAGAGUAGCCUGCUAUAUUUUUGAGUCUUUCUUAAAAAAAAUUUGAUUUGUUUUUUUUUGGAAUUAAACAGUAAAAAUCGUUGCUCAUGCACAGAAACACUCAUGCUGCUUGAUGUCUGCAGUAACCCAGGUCUGGAAACAGGUUGUGUGACUGACACUCAAAAGACAGGGAAGCUUGAAUCUUCACUAACAAACUCGGGGGGCAUUUGAUUCCUUUACUAUUUUAGCAAACCAACUAACGCUAAAGUCAAUGGUUUAAAAUGGUAGAGUGGGGAAUUUAAUGCAAACACGUUAACUGGUUGUAAAAAGAAAAACACAGAAUAAAAUCUGUGCACACGUGUGUUGUGUGUGCAUUCAGCCCUUGA